CUCUACAAGCUCUUGAGCUCUCUCUUCUCGCUUUUUGUCUCACCAACUUUCUCCAGAGAAUUUUCCUGAGAAAAAAAUGGCUGGAAAUUCACCUUGUGCUUCCUGCAAAAUGCUGCGGCGUCGAUGUGCCAAGGAUUGCAUCUUUGCUCCUUACUUCCCUUCUCAUGACCCCCAUAAAUUCGCCAUUGUUCACAAGAUCUUCGGUGCUAGCAAUGUCAGCAAAAUGUUGCAGGAGAUUCCGGUUCAUCAGAGAGCAGAUGCAGUGAGCAGCUUAGUAUACGAAGCGAGUGCAAGAACAAGAGACCCUGUUUAUGGCUGCGUGGGAGUGAUUUCACACCUUCAAAACCAGGUGGCUCAGCUAAAAAUGCAGCUCGCGGUGGCUCAAGCCGAGAUGCUCUGCAUCCAUAUGCAGCAUGAGCCGGCCAUACCGGCUCCAGAGUCGUUUGACCGAGUCGACAAAUCUUUUCUUCUCCAAAACAACCUCCCACAGUGCCUCAAUUUUGUCUCUUCUACUAGCAAUGUAAUUCAGGACUCUCUCAAGAGUGAGUCCUUGCUUGGACAUCAUGACAUGGUUUCUUAUUAGUGAAAGGAAAAAAAAAAAUUUAUUUUUAGUCAUUUCUAAUCAUUUUGAUGAUAUUGAUGAUGAUGAUGAUGAACCUAGCAUCUGCAAACAAGGAUAAAUAUUGAUGGGGUCAACUCUAGCUAGCAUGUGAGGCAUGUAAGUGAAAUAGUGUUUUUCUUUCUAAGUUAUUAAACAAAUUAAUGAAGGUUACAUGUUGGUUAUGUUAAUUAAGCUAUGUUCCUUCAAUUCAAGGGUUGGUGCCGUUCUAAACUAUUCU